UAAUUAUUAUUAAAAUCUCGAAGAAAACUGCUUUGGCAAAAAAGUUUUCACGUCAGGUAUAUAUAAAACUCUGUCUUUCGUUCAUUGGUUUAGAAUACAUUUACGUCAUACAUGAAUCCAAUGACGUCAAGACCUGAAGUUAACGCUGGGAGCUCGGAAGGACAUCCGUUGUUUGUCAACUCAAACUGCGGGAUAAAGUUCCCUUUCCCCUUUGGCGGAACAGGACGAAGACGAAACAGAACAAGUUUUUCUCAGCAUCAACUAUUUAUUCUUGAGAGCGCCUUCCAGAUUACUCAAUAUCCCGACAUCUUCUACCGAGAUGCCCUGGCGUCACGGACUCUGCUCACCGAAGCACGUAUUCAGGUUUGGUUUCAAAAUCGAAGGGCGAAAUAUCGCAAACAACGAAGGAAACUAAUUUCUGAAAAUGAGACGGAAACCGAAGGAAGUAAGACGUUUGUUUCGCCAGAAACAAGAUCAGCAUGCGUAUCUUUACCUCACCGUACAAAUUUGCCAGAAAUAGAAGCACCUAGCAAACAAAUGUCAUCUGAAUCUAUUCUCGCCUUGAACCAGAUAUACAGUCAGUACGCUGUAGGUGUGGGCGGUCAUACCAGCUCUCAAGUAAUGCAAGAAAGUUCGACACCGCAUGCCUGCUUCACAAACCCAGCAGUAGGCGGUUUAAUGAACGCGAUGCAUCAUCGCCACUUAACUCUUCUGAAAAGCAAUAAAUCUCACUCAAACGUAGUUUCUGAGUUGGCAAGCAUCGCAGCAAUGCGACAUUGGGAUGAGCCAAAUGAUACCCACCCAGCACUCAUGCCCUAUGCUCAACACUUCAACACAUACUCUCAAUGUGAAAAGGAAUUUCCACGGUCAAGGCCAAACAGUCCCAGAACAGAAACACACGGAUCCGGAGAAUUGCGAAACCGCGAAGACGGUUCGGAUUCUAGAAAGAGCUCGGACGAAAGCGAUCUGGAAUAAAAGCUGGUCACAUUUGUUUAACUUUAAAUCGAUAUGAACAUGGGGCUGUAGGCUACACUGUAGCGUGUAUAUAUAUUCAGUAAACAAACAGAUAUGUGAUAUUUUGCACUAUUAAGCGAAUUGUAUUCAAUACUUGUUGCAUCAAAGUUGUCCACGCUUCUAACAUGUCAGUUGAUUACUGGUAUACUUUUUAAAUAAUACAAAGGCAUUUUUUCGAAAA